AUUAAGACUUUAGACAGAAAAUGUUGGGAGUGUUCCAGCUCAAUGGUUGCAGUCGGAUGCCGGACGCGUUGGUUGCAGCGGAUGCCGGACGCGUUGGUUGCAGCCGGAUGCCGGACUCCAUCUCCAAAAUCACGUCGACGGCCCUCUUGAACCGGUUCCUUGAAAGAUCGAAAAUGGAAGGAGAAAUCGGAGAUGAGGGGAAUGGUGAUAGCAUUAUCGUCACCGCCACCAUCAACGAUCUGCAGAUCUAGGCACUAUCGUCACCACCACCAUUACCGAUCUGCAGAUCUGGGCACAUCCUUACUGUUUUGGACACUCACUCACCUCCGGCUUCCUCUGGUUUUGUCUUGAAUCAAAGAUUGAAGAUGAG